AUGGCUCGGAGCAAUCUUCUGUGCCAGCUGCCCAAGUCUCGUGCUCCCCGCUAUCUUGAUACUGGAGCGAGAGCGAAUAUUCAUCGCUCCAUCUCCGAGCCCCACCUGCGCCUCACGGGAACUCCAAACUGGACACAAGCUGACUUGCAGAACCUCCCCCCGUUCAUCACCCCGACCAGCACCUCUGGCUCCGGCAUUCCGUUCAAGCUGAUUGCCUCUCGCGUGGCGCACAAGCCGAUGCUCGAGGCCGAGACGCCCGACGGACCGAUCCAGCUCCCCCUCGACGUGUCCAAGGACACGCUCCCCGUUGAGUCUGACGCGUUUUUCGCCAAGCUCGGCGGCAACCCGAAGGGCGCCAAGGACGUUGUGCAGGGCCUCUGGAAGACGUGGCGCGACAACGACCUGCUCCGCAUCACCGGCAAGCUCGACGUCGGCUCCGGCAAGCUGAACGACCUGCACGUUGUGGCCGACGACUUUGGCCUGUACCGUUCCAACCUGAAGGAGCUGGCCGACGCGGCCAAGGUUCACCCGCUCGAGACGCAGGCUGAGGCGGGACGCCUGUUCUACCACAAGUCGCGCGAGGGAGGCAACAUUGCGUGCUACGGCUACGGUGCCGGCAUCGCGAUGAGCACGAUGGACGCCCUGCUCGGUGCGGGCGGCAAGGCGGCCAACUUCCUUGACGGCGGCGGUGGUGCGACCGAGGCCAACGUCCGCGCCGCGAUGGGCGUGAUCACGUCGGACCCGGACGCGGAUGUGAUCUUCAUCAACUCCUUUGGCGGCCUGACCAAGAUGGACCUCAUUGCCGAGGGCAUGGUCAAGUUCCUGCGCGAACGCAGGGACGCGGGCGAGCGCCUUGUCCCCAUCGUCGCUCGCCUGCGCGGUACGGGCGAGGAGAGCGCUGCCCAGAUCCUCAAGGACGCGACGGACCUGAGCGGCAUCAUCACGGUGAUUCCGGAUCUGAAGGAGGCUGCUGAGGCAGCUGUCCGCAUCGCGGCCCAGGAGGCCGAGAAGAACGGCACCGAGCUCCCCAAGCCUUCUGCCGCCGAGCAGGCGCCCGUCGCCGUGCGCGACACCCCCGUCACCUUCUCCCGCGACGGGCAGUACGAGCAGACCCUGGGCAACCUGAAGGUCAAGAACGGCGACCCGGUGCUCAUGCUCGGCCUCGGGGGCGCGGCCAAGCUGAACGCCAAGAUUGCCUCGGACUACGGAACCAACAUUGUCGGCUUCGCCGCGCCGAACAAGGGCGGACAGGAGUUCAUUGGCAAGCCCGUGUACGGCUCGAUGGGCGAGGCGAUCAAGGAGCUCAAGCCGCGCAUUGCGUCGCUGUUCGUCCCCGUCCACGCUGCGGCGGACGCCAUGAUCGACGCCAUUGAGGCCGAGAUCCCCCUCAUUGUCGCGUACGCCGAGGGCAUCCCGACGCGCGACCAACUGCGCGUCCAGGCCGCGCUCAGGAGCCAGAACAAGUCGCGCGUCGUCGGCGCCAACUGCCCCGGCGUCAUCUUCCCUCACGAGCGCGUCAAGCUCGGCAUCCAGCCCCUCCCCGUGCACAGCCCCGGAGACAUUGGCAUUGUCUCUCGUUCCGGCACAAUCUCGUACGACCUUGCCGCGCAGACGAGUGCGCUGGGCCUGGGCCAGAGCGCCGUGUACGGUCUGGGCGGGGACCCGUUCCCGUGCACGCGCACGUGGGAGGCGGUGCAGCUCAUGAUCGAGGACCCGAAGACGAAGGUGAUCUGCAUCGUGGGCGAGUGCGGCGGACAGAUGGAGGAGGAGGCCGCCCAGGUCUACGCCGAGUACGUCCGCAACCUUCCCGCUGGGCAGGUGCCGAAGCCGGCUGUCGGAUUCGUCGCCGGCGAGGCCACGAAGCGCGGCCUCAUGUACGGCCACGCAGGCGCUGUGUGGUGGGAGCCCGAGGAGCGCACGCUCGCCAAGAAAAAGUUCAUGCAGAACGCCGGCAUCACAAUGGCCGACACGCUCGGCGACCUCGGCGCCCUCAUUAAGCAGACCCACGCCAAGCUCUAG